CGUGAGAAGACUCUCACGCUACGAUUGGUUGGGGUGUAAAGGGGGCGGGGCUGAAGCCCCUGAGAGGUUCCGUGCCCCUGGUCCAGCCGCUUGUUUGGCUGCUGCCGUCACCUCAUGGCGACUCGGCUUGAGGAGGUAACGCGAGGAAGAGGCGGCGGUACUGAGGAGGCUAGUGAGGGCGGACGGGGCGGACGGCGACGUAGCCCCCCGCAGAAGUUUGAAAUUGGCACAAUGGAAGAAGCUAGAAUUUGUGGGUUAGGAGUAAAAGCAGACAUGGUAUGUAACUCUCAAGCAAAUGAUAUUCUUCAACAUCAAGACCCCAGUUGUGGUGGCACAACUAAGAAACAUUCACUGGAAGGGGAUGAAGGCAGUGACUUUAUUACAAAGAACAGAAAUUUGGUGAGCUCAGUAUUCUGUACACAGGAGAAAAGAGAAGAAAUUCCUGGACGAGAAGCUCGAACAGGUCCUCCUGAUGGCCAGCAAGAUUCAGAGUGCAGCAGGAACAAAGAGAAGACCUUAGGAAAAGAAGUUUUAUUACUGAUGCAAGCGCUAAACACCCUUUCAACCCCAGAGGAGAAGCUGGCAGCUCUCUGUAAGAAAUAUGCUGAUCUCCUGGAAGAAAGCAGGAAUGUUCAGAAACAAAUGAAGAUUCUGCAGAAGAAGCAAGCCCAGAUUGUGAAAGAGAAAGUUCACCUUCAGAGUGAACACAGCAAGGCCAUCUUGGCAAGAAGCAAACUGGAAUCUCUUUGCAGGGAACUUCAGCGUCAUAAUAAGACCUUAAAGGAGGAGAAUAUGCAGCAGGCACGAGAGGAGGAAGAACGACGUAAAGAAGCAACAGCACAUUUCCAGAUAACUCUAAAUGAAAUCCAAGCUCAGUUGGAACAACAUGACAUCCACAAUGCCAAACUGCGACAGGAGAACAUUGAACUGGGAGAGAAGUUGAAGAAGCUUAUUGAGCAGUAUGCACUAAGGGAAGAGCAUAUUGAUAAAGUAUUCAAACACAAGGAAUUGCAACAACAGCUUGUGGAUGCCAAACUUCAGCAAACAACACAGCUGAUAAAAGAAGCUGAUGAAAAACAUCAGAGAGAGAGAGAGUUUUUAUUAAAAGAAGCAACAGAAUCCAGGCACAAAUAUGAACAAAUGAAACAGCAAGAAGUACAACUAAAACAGCAGCUUUCUCUUUAUAUGGAUAAAUUUGAAGAAUUCCAGACUACUAUGGCAAAAAGCAAUGAACUUUUUACAACCUUCAGGCAGGAAAUGGAAAAGAUGACAAAGAAAAUUAAAAAACUGGAAAAAGAAACAAUAAUAUGGCGUACCAAAUGGGAAAACAAUAAUAAAGCACUUCUGCAGAUGGCCGAAGAGAAAACUGUCCGUGAUAAAGAGUACAAGGCUUUUCAAAUAAAACUGGAACGGUUAGAGAAGCUGUGCAGGGCUCUUCAGACAGAGAGAAAUGAGCUCAACGAGAAGGUCGAAGUCCUGAAAGAGCAGGUCUCUAUCAAAGCAGCAGAUGGGGACUUGGUGUCACCUGCAACGCAGCCCUGUGCUGUCCUGGAUUCCUUCAAAGAGACUUCAAGAAGAACCCUGGGAAUGCACUUGGAGGCUAGAGCCAAGUCAGUGUGUGAGAAAAGUGCUGCACAAAAGCCCUCAUCUUCAGGUUCUCCUGCUCAAGGCAUUGAGUCAGUUGACUAGGGUGAAGUAUGAUCACUGUAUUGAGAGAUAUAUUUUGUGUAUAACUUCCUCUGUUAGUAGUAACUAUUGGUUUUGUGGUGAAGAUUUUCUUACUUUUUCUACCAUAUCUGUAUUUUCUUAGAACUACUGGACUUAUGUGGUACAGGAGGCUGCUUAGCAGUUUGGAAUAGUUUUACUCUAUAAAUUUCCCUCAACUAUGUUGCACAUCUGCCUCAUUUUCCCCCUUUGGAGUGCAUGCCUUCAGCACAUAAUUUUCAUAACUAAAAAACAAGGCCAUUAGAGGAAUUAUAUUCUCCCGAUGGUUCCUUGAUGUGAAAACAAUAUCCCACUAAUAUUAGUGAAAGGAAAAUACCUUUAAUAACCCAUUUAAAUACGGGAUUAGAAUUCGGGAACUGGUCAGAAACAUUUUUCAUUUGAAUCAGCUUUUCUUGAUUCACUUGACAAAGUAAAAUAACCUUGAAGUUCUGACAAAACUAACUUAGUACUCAUAAAGUAGUCCUAAUAUAUUGAUUUGAGGAUAGAUGACAUAAAAAGGUGAUUAUUCCUUGAAAAGUGCUUUUUUGCAGUUUCCAGCAAAAACAUAAAAGCUCCCUUCCUCACCAUACAUUCUGGCUUUGUUGAAGUUUUGUGUUCAUUUGCAUUAAGACUCAACAAGCAGGGCUGUACAUGUGUGUAGCUCAGUGGCAAGCAUUUGCCUAUCAUAAGAGGCUCUGGGUUGACAAGUUUCAUCAGCAAAGAACACUAGUUAUUUUGUUUCCUAAUAGAGAAUUUAAAUUAUAGAUCAGAUAACAUAAGAUAACAUUUCCAAAGUAAAAACACUGGAACCAGCUUGGGAAAACUUGGCAGAUUGUUUACAUAGUCAAAAAGACGCCUAGCUUUCUAGUCUAUUUCUCCGUUUUUUGAUGCUAUCACUUUAAAACAAUAAAAACCAGUAUUAAUGUUUGACACUUUGAUAUUUAUGGCUCAGCCAUGCAAAUUACUAGGUCUUUGGUAAAGUAAAUUUAUUAAAGGUUCUAGUAAAGCACCAUAUUCAGAGACUGACUUGUUCAAUUGGCUAAAAAUUUCAUUUAUACUCCUUAGCACAUUUUAUUUUUAUGGUCAAAUCUAGGUUCAAAUAAUUGAAAAAAUGGCCAAAAGCCAGAAAACAGUCCCUGUAGAUGGUUAUUUUUCUAAACUAAUCAAGGGGUCAAAAGUAAAAGAAGUGAAAAAAGUGAAGUCAGAAACAACAAAAAAACCCUUUCAGUAGCCUCUUAUCAAAUACUGGACUUUUUCCCCAUGAACGUGUCAGAAAUAUUGAAAUUACUACUAAUGAUUACAUUUCACAAGUCUGCUGGAUACACAGCUCUUAACAUUUGAUUAAGCCAUGUGUGUAGCCUGCCACAUUUUUGUGGUACUUGUCCUGUGUGGAAUAUUGCAUAUUUUCAAGGGCUUUAUAAAGCAAUGCGAUUAACAGUCCUGGCCUGCUGCUUUCGGCUUACAUGCAUUUUCAGCUAGAUCUUUAGAGGACAGAGAUUCUGUAUGAAAUAUGCAUAUGCAAAAUCUCUCCUCCUGUGAAUGAAAACAGAUGGGACCUCAAAGAAGGAUGCCCUCCCUCCCUCCCUUAAAGUGAUCACCUCAGCAGCCCAGUGUUGUGGCUUUGUAGCACGCCCUGUACUACCGUAUUCUAGAACACUGUAAUGCUACUGUGCUGGCCCAGAAAAGAUUUCUAUGUUGAAUUCACUUACUGCAUAUGGUGCACUACCAUGCAAUCUUGAUGUAUAUUUUUAGUGUCAGUAGACCCCAAAAUGUAGCGAAACUUGGGUAUCAGGCCAUUUCAUCCUCAGACUUGUAGAAGUACAUUUUCUGGUCUUGAGACCUGUAUUUUUUAGUUAUGUAUGCAACUGCCUUUAUUACACACCUGGUUAUCACAAUUCAACUCUCAGGUGUUGCAGAAAAAAAAAUCUACCUCUUUCAGACUGUAGAUGGAAAUAACUGUGAAAAAAUGAUGCAGAUAUAGUUUGUGCUAAACACACUGCUUUAUUUUUACAGCCCACGUCUUUCAUGAGGAUAUGAAUUGUUAAGAGGCAGUCUUGUUUUGCUUUUCAAAGACAUUUUGUAGAGAUUUUUCACUACCGUAAAUCUGAUUUUAUCUACUCAAUUCUGUAGAGAUUAAGUAAAUAUGUAUGAUGAAAUUAA